AUGAGGGAGGCGAUUAUGAAGCAUUUUGAUUGUGAUGAAUCACGAAGUGAAAGCGAGGCAGAAGUUGGAAGAAUUGGCCAUUUUUCCGAAGCAGGACGUGUUCCAAGAGAAUAUUUAUCAUAUUUGCCCCUCACUGCUGCUUCAAAUGGCAAUCGUCUUAUGAAUUUGAAGUCUGCAAAGAAAGACUUGGAAGGAAGGCCUCAGUCAGCUACUGAUACCAGUGAAUCCUUGAUGAGUCAGCUCCAUGAAUCCGAAAAAACCAUUGCAAGCUUGCAAACAGAGCUGGAAACUCUAAAAAAAUCGACACAAAGGAUUGAGAAUCAAAUCAAAAGUCACAAGUUGACAAAUGAAGAUCUUGACAGACAGCUUACAGUGGCCAGAGUGGAACUGAAUGAAGCACAACAGAAGUUUUCGUCACUAGAAGUGGAGCUGGAUGACAAAAGGAACUGUUGUGAAGAAUUAGAGGCCACAUGUCUUGAACUGCAGCUCCAGUUUGAAAGCGUUGCAAAGAAGGAAGCCCGAGCAGUGACCCCAAUCAGGAAGAAAAGCAACUUCGGACUAGAAGGAUUGGGAGAUUACAGCUGCUUCAGAGAAGUUGGCAGAGUGCCAGGAGAGAUCCUAAACCUUGGAAAGCAGUUGAAGGCAUUGGCUGCACCAAAGGAAGCCGCCCUUUUUGACAAGGUCAUAGCUAGCCCCAUGCCCACCACCCCCACCACAGCUACAAUGCCAGCCCCACCCAAGGAUAAGAUCAUGAACCAGCGCACGUCUUUACUUGAUAAGAUGCUAGCGGAGGAUGAUGCUGUAGCUAAGAAUCUUCAAUCUCCAAAGACCAAAGAAAUAGAUGGAAAUUUCACAAGAAAAAUUAACGGGCCAUUCCAGCCUCCAGAAAAUAUUGUCGUCUUAAAUGGGGUUAGAUACGAGGAUGACAACACCUCAGCCAGGAGCCUUGCUAUUGUGGCUAGCAAAAAACGGGGAGGUGGGAGUUUAUGGAGAAAGCUGUUGUGGAGAAAGAAGGGUACCAGCAAGAAAGCGCCUCUCCUGUUUGUCCCAUGA